ACGAUGGCGAUGAUGCAGCAGCAGCAGCCGCAAGGCUAUCACCAUCCCCAGACGCUGGAAGAAGUACGAACACUUUGGAUUGGUGAUUUGCAGUAUUGGGUCGACGAGAGUUACCUCAGCUCCUGCUUCUCCCAAACCGGCGAGCUCGUUUCUGUCAAGGUAAUACGCAACAAGAUCACAGGCCAGCCAGAAGGUUAUGGUUUUAUAGAGUUUAUAUCUCACGCAGCAGCAGAGAGAACUCUUCAGACGUACAACGGGACACAGAUGCCUGGAACGGAAGUAACUUUCCGGUUGAAUUGGGCUUCUUUUGGUUCAGGACAGAAAGUAGAUGCCGGACCCGAUCAUUCUAUCUUUGUUGGAGAUUUAGCGCCAGAUGUUACAGAUUACCUCCUUCAAGAGACAUUCCGCGUUCACUAUUCCUCUGUUAGAGGUGCCAAGGUUGUUACCGAUCCAAGUACUGGACGAUCAAAAGGUUAUGGAUUUGUAAAAUUUGCAGAAGAAAGUGAAAGGAACAGGGCUAUGUCUGAAAUGAAUGGGCUGUUUUGCUCAACAAGGCCUAUGCGUAUUAGCGCAGCAACGCCUAAAAAAAACGUCGGUCUGCAGCAACAGUAUGUCACCAAAGCUGUUUAUCCAGUUCCAGUCCCAUCUGCAAUUGCAGCACCAGCCCCAGCAUACGUUGCUCAACAAGGACAGGUGCUUCCACCUGAAGGUGACAUCACCUGUACAACGGUUUCAGUUACCAAUUUGGACCCAAAUGUUACAGAGGAAGAGCUGAAGAAAGCAUUCUCCCAAUUAGGAGAGAUUAUAUAUGUCAAGAUACCUGCAACAAAGGGAUACGGUUAUGUUCAAUUCAAAACCAGGCCUUCUGCUGAAGAAGCCAUUCAAAAAAUGCAGGGCCAGGUGAUUGGUCAACAGCCAGUUCGCGUCUCUUGGAGUAAAAAUCCAGGACAGGAUGGUUACGUUGCACAAGCAGAUCCGAAUCAGUGGAAUGGGUAUUAUGGUUACGGGCAAGGCUAUGAUGCAUAUGCUUAUGCGACAACUCAAGACCCAUCCUUGUACGCAUAUGGUGGAUAUGGCUAUCCCCAAUAUCCCCAACAGGGAGACGGUACACAAGAACUUGCAAACUCUGCAGCGGGUGGAGUUGCAGGGGCAGAGCAAGAGUUAUAUGAUCCUAUGCCCAUUCCUGAUGUAGACAAGUUAAAUGCCAGUUACCUUUCGGUUCAUGCAAGUGCCUUAUUAGGACGGACAUUGUGGCAGCGUAACUCGGUGAUCACAUCACAAAUGGGGAAAUGA